AUGGGGUGGAAGGCCGUGGAAUCAGAAGAGUACGAGAGUUCGGCGCCCGCCGUGCAGGCGCAUUUCCACGCCGUGCGCGCCGAAGAAGCUUUGCGCCGUGAUGACUACGUUCAAGCCGAGAAGGAAGGUCAUUUGGCUAGCGAGAAGUUCCUUCAAGCAGCGCAGCGGGUAUCGGACAAGCGCACGAUCGAUGCGCUGGUGCUUUUGGCUGAAAACUACGAGUACAGGUCCAAGGUGGCUCGCACCAGGAACCCCAGGCCGGUUGAGGCGGAGGAAGAGAAGGUUAGGAAGACGGAGACGCAACUGAAUGUGGCGGCGGCAGAGAUGGAGGAACUGUGGAGACGGUUGAACGAGAUCGGACUGUCGAGUCCCGGCUCGGCUGACAAGAAUUUGUUGAUGUCAUCACGACAUUUGUCUUCGUCAUUAGGGGAUUCGUUCUGUUUACUGCCAGCAAAGACGAGGACAACAAUUGGGGUAGUGGCGACUGCAGUGGACGGAGGGUCGACGCUUAGAGCUGCGGUGGCGUCCCGGAUGAGGAACCAAAGACAGCGGUUGAUGGAGCAGCAACUUGGCGGUAGAUUAGAUCCACGAAGAUCAGGUGGCACGUCGACGAAUGGAAAUGGCUCGGCUACUUCUCGGUAUCAGGAUGGACGGGGCUCUUCGGGCGAUGGAGAUGAUUCUGGUGGCCAGGGAGAUUUUGUGGGGUUGCAGGAGACUGUUGCGCACCAGAAGAUGGAGAUCGUCCGAUUACUAAACACCGUGAAGACGCUCAGCAGCGAGAACACCAAGCUGGUGAAGAAAUGCGAGGCGUUGACAAACAUACAGGCUGAGAACCGCGAGAUUCGCGACUCCAUGGAUCUCUUCAAGAAGGACUACAACCAGAAGGUGAGCAGAGAACAAAGCAAACUCAAGAUGCAAGAAGAGCAGAUAGCCAAGCUGAUGGAAGAGGCGCGACUUAAGGACGAUCGCAUUGCCAAGUACGACAAGUGGUACAAGACGUUGAAAGCAGGCGCGAAAGCGAAACAGCUCAGUCAAAGUCGCGACGGUGGAAAUGUCGCCAGCAGCUUCAGCUCAAGUAGCUUCGUGCCGAACGGAGGUGGCCCCAGUAACUCCUUCACCAACAGCAGCAGCUUCCACGCCUACAGUCCAGGGUCAGAGGAGUCCACAGGCAGCAGCGCAACCUCCUCAUCACGGCAAUUCAGUCGUCCUCCUGCUCAUCCAAAUCGUCGAGCGCUGUGA